GGAGCCUGCGUCCCUGGGCCCCGGCCUGCCCCGCCCCCGGCCGCUGCCCCGCCAGGAAGAGCGGCCCCCGCCGGCCCGCAGAGCAGAGCUGGGCUGUCCCCGGGCGCAGGCACCAUGUGCGGCAUCUUUGCUUACCUAAACUACCAUGUUCCCCGGACCAGACGGGAGAUCCUGGAGACCCUUAUCAAAGGGCUUCAGAGAUUGGAGUACAGAGGAUAUGAUUCUGCAGGUGUGGGAAUCGAUGGAGGAAAUGACAAAGACUGGGAGGCUAAUGCCGGCAAAAUCCAAUUAAUCAAAAAGAAGGGGAAAGUGAAGGCUCUGGAUGAAGAGAUUAACAAACAACAGGAUAUGGACCUGGACAUCGAGUUUGAUGUACAUCUUGGCAUCGCACAUACCCGAUGGGCUACCCAUGGUGAGCCCAGUCCUGUCAAUAGCCACCCACAGCGCUCAGAUAAAAAUAAUGAAUUUAUUGUUAUCCACAAUGGCAUUAUAACCAACUACAAAGAUCUGAGAAAAUUUUUGGAAAGCAAAGGGUAUGAUUUUGAGUCUGAGACCGACACAGAAACCAUUGCCAAGCUUGUCAAGUACAUGUACGACAACCGCGAAAGUGACGACAUUAGCUUCACUACCUUGGUGGAGAGGGUUAUCCAGCAACUGGAAGGUGCUUUUGCCCUUGUGUUUAAAAGUGUCCAUUACCAUGGUCAAGCAGUUGGCACCAGACGAGGAAGCCCCCUGCUGAUUGGAGUUCGAAGUGAACACAAGCUCUCCACUGACCACAUUCCAAUACUGUACAGAACAGGUAAAGACAAGAAAGGAAGCUGCAGCCUCUCCCGUAUCGACAGCACCACCUGUCUUUUCCCUGUUGAAGAGAAAGCUGUGGAGUACUAUUUUGCUUCUGAUGCGAGUGCUGUCAUUGAGCACACCAACAGAGUGAUUUUCCUUGAAGACGAUGACGUAGCAGCUGUGGUGGACGGUCGUCUUUCUAUCCACCGGAUCAAACGCACAGCGGGCGACCACCCUGGGCGUGCAGUCCAGACUCUGCAGAUGGAACUUCAGCAGAUCAUGAAGGGUAAUUUCAGUUCAUUUAUGCAGAAGGAAAUUUUUGAGCAACCAGAAUCUGUUGUUAACACAAUGAGAGGAAGAGUCAACUUUGAUGACUACACUGUGAAUCUGGGCGGGUUGAAGGAUCACAUCAAGGAGAUUCAGCGGUGUCGGCGUUUAAUCCUGAUUGCUUGUGGGACAAGCUACCACGCCGGAGUUGCGACACGUCAAGUGCUAGAAGAAUUGACUGAAUUGCCUGUUAUGGUUGAACUAGCCAGUGACUUUUUGGACAGAAACACUCCAGUCUUCAGAGAUGACGUCUGCUUUUUUAUCAGCCAGUCAGGCGAGACAGCAGAUACUUUGAUGGGUCUUCGAUACUGUAAGGAAAGGGGAGCCCUCACUGUAGGAAUAACUAAUACUGUGGGCAGUUCCAUAUCCAGGGAGACAGACUGCGGUGUCCAUAUCAACGCAGGACCAGAGAUUGGUGUGGCCAGCACAAAGGCCUACACUAGCCAGUUUGUUUCUCUGGUGAUGUUUGCCCUCAUGAUGUGUGAUGAUAGGAUUUCUAUGCAAGAAAGACGCAAAGAAAUCAUGCGGGGGCUGAAGGUCCUACCAGACUUGAUUAAAGAAGUGCUGAGCAUGGAUGAUGAGAUCCAGAAACUGGCAACAGAGCUUUACCAUCAGAAGUCGGUCUUGAUUAUGGGACGUGGCUAUCACUACGCUACAUGUCUUGAGGGAGCUUUGAAAAUAAAAGAAAUCACAUACAUGCACUCGGAAGGCAUAAUGGCUGGUGAGCUGAAGCAUGGUCCCCUCGCCCUGGUAGACAAAUUGAUGCCUGUUAUCAUGAUCAUCAUGAGGGACCAUACGUAUGCCAAGUGCCAGAAUGCUCUCCAACAGGUUAUAGCGCGGCAGGGGCGACCGGUAGUGAUUUGUGAUAAGGAAGACACAGAGACAAUUAAUAAUAAUAAGAGGACAAUCAAAGUUCCUCAUUCUGUGGACUGUCUGCAAGGAAUCUUGAGUGUCAUCCCUUUACAGCUUCUGGCUUUCCAUCUUGCAGUUCUCAGAGGAUAUGAUGUUGAUUUUCCAAGAAAUCUGGCCAAAUCUGUAACUGUAGAGUAAAAGUGCAUCUGAAUCUUAGGGGUAUGGGGAAGGAAAUGGAGAGACUUUUUGGGUACCAAAAUAUCUUGAUUUUAAAGUCCCCUAGAUCAAAUCAUCUUUUGCUAAAUCGUGUAUAAAAUCACCAUAAUUAUUACAUUAGUGAUUGUCAAAUUAACUCCAUAUGCCAUGUCAAUAGCUUUGUUUUGUUGAAAGGUGUUCACUAGGAGACUUGGUAAUCUUUUAAAGGAAGCAGUUUGCGGGGCUCUUUAAUAUGAGAUAAUUUAGGUAUAAAUUAACCUCACUGAGAUAAUGCAAUUGACUAAAGUAUCUGCAAUGCCUCUGCUAGUGAAGGUACGUGCCAACGUCUGACACUGAAAUCAGAGCUGUAAUAGGCCAUGAAUGAGCCUACAGAGAUUCAGACAUGAUAGUUAAGAAGAGAUUAGGUCAAAUUCUGCCCAGUUUAUAUAAAGGGAAAUCCAGUGACUAAUCAGAAUCUCUCCUUUUAUGUAAUUUGGUUAGCGUGCCUAAAAUUAGCCUCAGAAAGGAUCUGGUCUAUGCCAAAUGCCUAGCAACUGACAAUCCUGCAGAGGCUGGGCCAAAAUCUGCUCUUAAGACAAGAUAACUAUGGAGUUGUUGCAGCUCAUUCUAAUGUGUAAGUGAGAGCAGCAUCUGACCCAAAAUAGAAGGAACACUGGCAAAGUUCAAAGGCCCAGUAUGUAAUACUUGCAAACAAUAUCAUCCCCUUGUUGUCGGGGGAGAAGGAGAAAUCUAGUGCUCCCCCCUGAUCACUGCAACACUAAAGAGAAUCCUAGUUUAGGUUCUGGGUUUAUUGUGCUGCUGCUGUUAGCAAGGAUGCUGUUCUUAGAGCAAGUUUCUUGUACGUUUCACAAGCCUCCCUGCUUACUCCAUUCUAUGUGUGCUCAUGAAUGGAGGGAAUGGCGCUACAUGUGACAGUGUCCCUUAACAAAGAUGUCAGUCCAUCAAGGAUAUUGACUGUUGGCCAGGAGAGUUGCAGGGAACAAAUGCGUGGCUUUCAUUGCUGCAGCUCAAGGCUGCUGUUACUUAGUGUGAGUGAUAGCAAAUAGUUUCAGUGGCAUAUAUGGUUUGGGUAUGAGAAAGAGAAUGGGGUUAGACCAGGAAAAUUAACAAAGCUUCAUGCACAAGACUACAAACAAUAUUUUAAGUAGCUUGCAGAAGAUGUUAAACAGCAAAAGUCUCACAUUGCAAAAGGAUGAAUUUCAUAUGGUGGGUUUGAAGUAAACAGCCAGAGUUAAGAACAUAGUACUGUAGGAUGUAAAGUGAAGCCUGGGGCUUAUUAAUGAAACAUGAAGGUCACUCUGCAACAUUUAGGGAUUUUUUUCUUCUUCACAAAUGUAAUAUUUUGACCUUGUAGAAGUCUGCUUUACCAGAGAGACUGUCCAACACUAGGAUAAGAACUUGGCUCUCCGAGCGAGUAUGCUGUAGUCGAGUGCUGAAUUGCAUAAUCCAGGUUGACUUAGACAAUUGCUCACAGAGGUUCAAAGGACUGUAGCUGUAGCAAUGCCAUCUGUUAUUCUUAAAAGUGAUAUUAACUGAAGUAAAUAAUUUAAACUUCCUGCAUUUUUUAUCUUAUUCAUAGAUCUGUUCGCUGCUUAGUUUUACCAUCUUAGCAAGAACUGGAAGCAUAUGUUCAAUAAUGACUUGAACUUGAUUUUUCUUUACUUGAGUACAGUUACUCAUGCGUUGUAAGCGGGCCAUGAUUUGUGCUGAGCUAUUAAUUUGUAUUUAGGAAUGAAGUAGUAAAUACAGCAAUUUAAUUCCUACAGUAUUUGCUUAUUACAUUAGACACCUCAGCCUGAACUGACAAUUGAGACUUUCCCACGAUGAUUUACAAACAAGCAACAUUUUUUGUAUAGCCAAGCACUAUGUAUGUUAAAGCCAGUUUAACCUUGACUUGCCUUAGCUUAUAUUAGUUUCAUUUUAAAAGGGAGGGAGCUGCUGUUCAAGCAGUUUACUUAGAAGGGCUGAAGUCAAGGGGAGAAAGUCCAGGUUAAGAUCCUCUGGCCUUGUUUGCAGGGAUUCUAAUGUAAGCGAGGCCCUUAAAGGGGGAAGCAUUUUGAGUAAGCCAUUGUACCCAUCGAUUUCCUGGAGAGGAAUUGAUUUGGAGGUCUUUCCCUAAUCAACUUGGAAAAUUAGCUACAAGUGCUUGUCUAGGUUUGUACAGGGGAGAUUUCAUUUUAGAAGUAGGACAGCUGCUUCCACUGGUAUAUUAAGAAUAUGCUAGUUAUAUUUAAAUAUGAAUUGAUGUUCUCAAUCCGAUUUGUGCCCUGUAGCAAGUGCUUACUAUUUAUGAAAAGACAGCUACAUUGACACAAAGGACCAAAGGAUACUAAAUAAAACAACUCUGCAAUAUUUAUAAAAUCUCACAAGAUUAAAGAGCUGUAGUUUCUACAAAGCCACUCUUUAGUUUGAUGAUAGGACGGACAGCCCCUAUUCUUCAUAAUGUUACGGCAUGUAGCCUAUAAGACUUACUACACAAACUUUUUACUAGUUAGAAAUUAACCCCAACCAUUAAAUUGAGCUUGAUUUUGUAAAUCGCAUUAAGGUCCAAAACUCAGCUUACUAAAAUUGAAAUAUGUGACUAGACUAUCAGAUAUUGCAAUGUAUAAUAAGAAUGUUAUGGAGCACACUCACUGUGAAGAAUUUUUUUGAAUGAUUAUGGUAUGAUAUACUUAAAGCAUCUCAGUUUUACCAGUGUGUUGAGAGAUUGUAUACAGGAUUUUCUUAUCUCGCUAGAUAUAUUGCAGUUUGAUGAAACAAUGUUUGUCCAUCUCACCUCCCAGACUAGUUUAUCCUCCUGUUGCUAGCUGGAAGUUUUAGACUGUCUUGUGCUCUCUGAAAUGAAUGUUUAGAUUACUGAGCCAGUAACAUUAAUUCCUUCCUAACUGAUUGAAUUUUUUAAAAUUCAGUAGCCUUCUCCUUAAAAUUGAGCCUCAGAUCAAUCAAAUGCAUAGGCUCAUCCUUGCUCUUUGACUAUCAGCUAUAUACUGUUUGCAUAAACUUGUCUGAAAAGCAUUUUUAUUAAAAAUGUAGCAUAUAUUCUUCUCCUAAUCUGUGCAUAAAGAGUUCAACAAUAACUCCAAUUUCUUCUCUUGAAAUAGCAGCAGUAGAAGGUUGCCUACCAAUUAUUUAACACAUCCAGAGUGUUUUUAAACUUACUGAAAUACAGAACUAGACAACUUUUCAGGCAAAGAACUCUGCUCUUCCCUGUGGAAGUGCUAUUGUAUUUGGUAAGCAGGUCUCAUUCAAGUUCACUCCUGGAACUUGAUGCAGGUAUAUUGAUACAGGGUAUACAGUAGCAGAAGUAUUGUCACGACUGGAAAAGGUUUUAAGCCAUUCUGUCUCCCCUCUCCUGCUAAUCCACACUGCCCAUUGUUAGAGUAUUGCAUAAAAGGCUGCAAGAGGAGGCCCUGUGUGUGUUUUAAAAUCUUGACAUUUGCUGCCCUGUCAUAUUUACCAGUACAAUGGCACUUAGAGCAUAUCCCUGGAUAAGGUUUUAACUAGCACCCUCUGUAGUUGUGGACUCAGUUACACUGAUCUGUACUUUGCUCAGAAGGAAAGCUCUACUAUUGGGGAUAGUCUUUGGGUCUUGCUGUUCAGUAAAAGUUAACAAACCUGGCCUCUAAAUUAUGUGCCAAUAAAGAGAUUGGAAUUUAAUUUACAUUUGAAUAAUCCCCACCUAGAAAUAAUGGUGAUAUACUUCUGGCACCUGUGUGUUAAAUGAAGUAUCCUUUGACAUGUUUGGUUUGCUCAAAGGCAAAUUGUGCAGUUAAUUGCACAAAGGUGGAGAUACACUUUUUAAAUUACCAUUCAUACAGGGGGGUGGAGGGGAGAAGUAGCAGCUUAAAAAAUCUUCACCUAAUUUAUAUUUUAACACAGGAGACAAAAUCCGUAGGAAUGUUUGAGAAAAAAAUCAGAGCCAAAUUCCUAUGUUCCAGAAACAUGAUGGAGCCUGGUUCCUAUGCUAGGUUACUGGACUGCCAAAAGAGACACUAAAAAAGGGGUGGGGGGUGUAUUGCAUUCAGUGGUGUUACUGUAGCACUUCUAGGACAUACCUGAACUAGCCUGGAUCUAAAUAAAAACAACAGUGAAGCUGUGGCUAUCCAAGACCCAGAGUCUGUGUCCUGCAGCUUCACUGUUAUUCAAGCUAGCUCUGCUAACAUUAUGUCUACAUGUGCUGCAGUGGAGACAGACCCUGGGAUUGGUGAUGCCUUCAGUGUGGCAUGUUGUACUACUUUUGUAUAGCUCUUCCCUCCUCCAGAAGUCACCUGCUAGUCCUUCAGCCCACAGGCAGACAGCAACAUGGAAGAUGAAGGGGUCUACAAACACAGUAAGCCGCACUAAAGCAGAUUGUGAAUGCUUAGUUGUGGCAAAGGCUAGGCCUUCUAGACAUUUACCUCAAGACAUGUGAUCCCUCCCCAGUGUGAGAAAACUGACAGAAAACCCAUGGUAUCUGUCUAAAUUGAAGGCUACCUUAGUUUCCUUCCUUUGUCAGUGUGUGUAAAUAGAAAUUUAAAGUGGCAAAUAUAACCAUAUCUUCCCUGCUAGCAUUGUUUUCCUUUGCAUGUACAUAUCUAGCUGGCUUGGUUUAUGGGGACCAUUCUGUAUCUGGCUUCCUGUUUUAUGCCGUCUGCAGAAGAUGUUUUAAUUUUGUGUGUAGUAUUUUAUAAUUUGGGUUUUGUCUUUUGCUUACUUUUUGUAUCUCACCCUUUGAAUAAAAUGAAGUGCCCAACAUUAA